AUGAUUAGAUGUCCGCACCUGUUGUGCGGGGAGGUCUUGCCGCGUACUUUACCCUCUCUGCGGCGCCUCCACCGCAGGCCCCUGUUUCUUGUGCCUAUUUCGGAGCUGUCCCGGCCCUGCUCUGCUUCUCCCGCGGCUCUUCCGGCUUGCUUCACUUCUUUUUCGUCCUUAUGUUUGCUGUCAGAGGCGUCCGGAAGGAGGACAAGGUCCUUUUGCACGGCCGUAGCCGCAGGGGCGGAUGAUGGAGCUGAUCAGUCGACCUUCCACGCAGCAGAAGACGUCUCUUGGAAUUCACUUUGUAUAUCUGAAGCCCUUUCCCGAGCAUUAUCCAGCGUCUCUCUCAGCAGGCCUUCCCUCAUUCAGGUGGGUGGCCAUUUCCGUACUUCCAGCUCCUCUGUUCAAAUUUUUUUCUGUUCUGUUAAACGCCUAAACAAAGAUAGCAGCUACGACUGAAGAUAGAUACGGGGGAAACGGUAACACGAAAGUCUGCAAACUUGUGUGUCUGAACAGCAAUGCGACUCAAAUAUCUGCUGGGGAAUCUAGAAACAUUUAAGAUUCUUCUUAUCUCCGCUUUUUUUGAUGUCUUUUUCCUCCCAUGUCCUUCACCGGUGAAGAAUUUCUCCGUGUUUUUCUGUGAUCUCUUUAUGAGUUGCCCGUCUUAUGAUUUUUGCAGUACUCUCUAUUUUAUUUUUUGAAAACGUUUUAUUGACCUUCGUCCAUAUGUGACCAUUAACUCUCAAAGAGAGGUUGAAUUCAUCUUUGUUGAUUUCAGGCUGCGAGUAUACCUCAUAUACUCUCCGGAAACGAUGUAGUAAUCGCUGCAGAGACUGGUAGUGGUAAAACACAUGGCUACUUGGUACCAUUGUUCCAGAAACUAUUGGCUGUCUCUGAACAAUCCGUGGGCGUUGCUGUUGUCCUUUGCCCGAAUGUUAUGUUGUGUGAGCAAGUAGUCGAAAUGGCAAACUCUUUAUGUGACGAUCAGGGCAAUCGUCUUCUGAAGGUCUCUUCUGUUUGUGGGCGACAGGUAAAUCUUUUUCCGAAAGUAUUUGUAUUUUUGGGGGAUUCUAGUGUCCAAUUUUUUGGGGUUUCUCGCUACCAAUGUAUUUUUUUAGUCCUGCACAAACCUGUAUGCUACAUCCUGCACACAACGCAGCUCUAGUUCUAAUAAUAUGAGGAUUGCUUGAAGCAAUUGUUUGAGUAUCUUUUAGUCAUUUUUUUAUUUUGAUGUUCUAAUUGGUCCCUCGGAAAGUGUGCUGCAGGGAUGGCCAGUUGUUCAACCUGAUAUCCUCGUUUCGACUCCAGUUGCGUUCUUGAACAGCCUUUUCUCCUUUGAAGCUGAAAACCACCGUCGGCCUGAAUUUCUGAGGGCUGUAAAACACGUCGUAAGUAUUUGUUACAGUUUACCCAAGAUAAUAAUUUUAUUUGGAGGCUUGAUAGUUUGUAAGCUCUGAAAAGUUGAGCUUUUUAGAUUUUUUUUCAGCACAAUUUCUCUAAAGAACAUUAGCCAUUUUGACAGUUUUUUAUGAAUGCCUACUUAACAGUUUCAGGAGUAUGUCUCUCUGGUUCCUGCCAGUAUCUUGGAGCAGUUAUUUGAGAGGGGAUGAUAGGUUCCGUCUAUAGUAUGAUAUUUGGUAGAAAAAUUUCAGGAUUCUGUAUUUAUAAUGGGUUGGCACAGUCCACCAGCUGUUGCCCACUGGCCCUUAGAGCUCAUCUCAUGAAGUAAUGUCCCAGUAACCUUCAACUGGAAAAAGGAUUGACGAUACCUCCUCAUCUGCCUCACAUGAAACAGUCUGCCUCCCAAAUUUUGCUUUACUUGAGCAAUUAGCAACUAGUGAUUGGCCAUCAUAAUGAUAAGAAGGGAAAAUAAAGAAUGAUCACUGAUGUAGUUUUUGUUUGCCCUGUCACUACGGGCCAUCACUUGCUCCCGAAACGAAGCAUCUAUUCAUUGUACGUGCAACCUUUCAACAUUGUUACUUCAUAGCUCCCGUAAUAACAAUGGGUUAUCUAUGAAAAUGAUAACCAUUUUAUCUAGUGGUUCUCCUAAAUCAUACUUUAUUUUGUUUGUGUUGAGAUAGGUCUGACAAUCAAUGUCAGAUGUAGAGGGUAAGAUGUAGCUGGGGAAGGUUUGUGAUGCUCAAGAAUAAAUCUUUACAUGAACCAAGAUGGCAAAACAUGUUUCAUAAAGCUAGAUCUUUGAAACUGAUUAUUACUUUCCUUUUCCUCUUUUGGUUUUUUCUCAUCUUUUCAUGUCUCUUGACGGCAGGUGUUUGAUGAAGCUGACAUGCUGUUAUGCGGAAGCUUUCAAAAUCAAGUUAUUCGUCUGAUAAAUAUGCUAAGAUACGAGGAAAAAGUGUUGUCUAGGAUGGAGGCUUAUAAGCAAGGACUGGGUAAUAAUGAAGCAUCUCUUGAGGUUUCUGAACUAGAAAAUGACAAGGAAGUGUCAAAAGUUUGUGACAAUAUGGAGGAUGAAGAUGAAGAUUCUAAUAUCCUGGAAAUUGAAAACAAGCCUGACAGGCCAAGAGAUUGGCGAAGGACUAGAGAGGUUUAUUCCCGAAGUAAGCAGUACAUUUUUGUUGCAGCCACUCUACCAGAAAGUGGCAAGAAAACUGCUGGUGGAGUUUUGAAACGAAUGUUUCCUAAUGCAAUUUGGGUCAAUGGGAGUUAUCUCCAUCGUUAUAAUCCCAGGUGCCACAGGCUUCUUUCUUGAUCAAAUCUCCAAAUCCUACUGUAAUUAAGUUUCUAUUCUUAGAUUAGAGGAUCCUUUUGCUAUUUUUCUACAACUUUAACUUGAAUGGGAACAAAGUCUGGUAAAUUUCGGGAGUUAUGCUGACUUGAUUUCACGUCCACCUUAGGCUUUUUUUAUUUUUGACCUGCUCUUCUGAGAUACAUCCAGUGUCGUGGUCAGUUUAGGUUGGAAUCGGGCAUUCGUGGUCUGAUUUCUAGUGACUAAUCUCGAUCACCCCUCAAACACAAUUAAUAAACAACAGUGAAAUUGGCUGAAAAUUGUCUUUAAAAGGUUGACCACAUUCCGAUUCAACGAUAUCAGGGUGACAUUUUAAAUGACUCCCCAGCCUUUCCUACUUUAGUUUGAGGAAGAAGAAGAGAUAGAGAAGGAAGAAGUGAAAAUGAAUAAGAGCUGCAGGUUUAGCAAAUGAAGAAGUUAGGUAGGGGAAGGGUCUUGUCAGUUGCCACUACCUGCCUAAUCAACAUCAUUAAACAAUCCACCUGAAAAUGAAGAACUUGACCUAAGGGUUUUUUUUUAAGGUUAUUUAGCUGAUUAGCUAAUGUUGAGGGCUUUGAUUUACAGAAUCCAUCUCCAUUGAAAUUAAAUUCGUUAGUCCAUUUUUUGAUUGAAUUUCUUUUAGGUAGAAAAUAUUUUCAUGCUGUUUUGCUGUGGCCCUUUUUAUUUUUUAUUUUUAGAUCAACGACCCUGUGAACUAUCGAUUUCACAUGUUUAAUGGACAUAGUUUCGUCUCAUAAUAUGGAAUUUUCUACCAUCGAUAGAAGUUUGUACUAGUCGAUGCUCUGAGCUUGUUUCAUUGAUCUAAUCCUCGUCCUUUGAUUGCUAUCUAUUUCCUCUAUGCUUAUUUGUCUUUUUCGCACAAUAUGUUUGGAAAGAAUUAUUAACUAUUUGGUCUAGUUUUCCUUCUGUUCUCUCAUGGCAUAUUGUCAAUUGUCCAUAUGGUGCUGUAUAAAUGUACAUUUGAAUGAUGCGAAAAUAACUUGUUAUAUUUAUACAAGAAAUCUAGUUUCAAUGAUUUCUAUAAUGUUGUCAAUGUUUAGGGAUCAUAGACCAUGAAUACUGAUGACAUACUUGCUGCCGUUAUUGAAGAAUAUUUAGGAAAGCUUUUCUUCAAAUAGAGCAUAACUGUGUUCAUCUGGAAAAUUCUACGGCAGAUAAAGAUUGCAGUUUUUUUUUUCCAGCAGCAUGAAGACUUUCAGACUACUAUACUGUGGGAUGUUGACCUUAAUCGUUGUAAACAGUUCCAAAUUUGCUUUCUUUUUUUUUCACAUUAUCUUCGCCAGUUUAACAUAGUACACUGAUGUUUCCAUUUUUAUAAGUUUCUGUGCUUUCAUGGGGAUAUCAUUGCUACUCUACAGGUUGGAGCAAACAUGGCUUGAAGUUACAGUAGAUACACAAGUGGAUGCACUGUUAGAUGCUGUGAGAUCUGGUUUCAAGUCCGGAUUUGGUGACUCUAAUGAUGAGAUAAGCCGGACCAUGGUGUUUGUUAAUACUGUCGAAUCUGCAGAAGCAGUGGCCAGAAUAUUCCAACGUGCUGGCAUAGAAUGCUUUUGUUACCACAGGAACAGCUCGUUAGAGGAAAGAACAUGCAACCUGGUUGUUUUCCGAGAGAAUGGUGGUGUACUUGUAUGCACUGACGCAGCCGCCCGUGGUCUUGACGUUCCCAAUGUUUCACAUGUUAUACAGGUAUUAGAAUUAUCGAAAAAAGAAUUGACAAUUAUCUGAGACUUGCUGUAAUUGGUUGACAUGCAGAAAAAAGUUGAAUACAUUAUUUAAGUUUUUUCUCUUACUUGCUGCAUCAGCGUGAGAGCUAGAAUGUUGGCCUCUCAAUUCCUCAUGACAUUUUUGGUUUUAACCUGAGUUGAGAGAUAUUUUCUCUUCAAUAAUAAUUUAAAGCCCAUGCUGUACUUAUACUUUUUUCAGUAAGACUGAUUUUAUAGCUACUGUCUUGCUUGCAAUGUGUUCAACAGUUGUAGGUUGGCUGAACCGAAACCUUUGAAAAUGACCCCAUUUGAGGAAGAAAGGACAUGAAACGAGUGGGAUAAUGAUUAAACGAUGUAUUUCCUUUUUAAGAAAACAUAUGAUUGCCAUUUUCUUGCUGAAGAUGUGCAAUUAAAGUUUAAAAUUAAACAAAGAAGAAAAUAUAGAAGGAUAUCAGUGAAGGAAAUCCAUGAGAGUAUGUGUCCAACGUCAUCCUUAUACAGACCUGGAGAAAAUAAGGGUUCCUCUUUGUUAUACCAUCAUAUAAUAAGUGUUCUCUCAAUUUCCUUCGAUAUUUUUCCAUGUUCCUAUAGCAUGAACUCUUAUGAAUAAAUUCUGCAGUUUAACGCCAAAAGGUCCAAAUUGCAAGUAGAUACGUCUGUAUUUAUAUGUAGCGACUGGAAUUACCAUUUGUCUCAUUCUAGAGUUGAUUCCAUGAUUGAGUUUGACAGUUGCCAAGAAGCCAGUUCACCAGGAAAAUUUGUUGAGAUUCUGCUGGAAAAAAAGGAUACAAUGGGGAGUUUCCAUUUCGCAGUACUUAUAUACAACCUCUAAAAUUUCUCCAAGGAUUAGAUUUUGGACAACAGUCAAGGAUUCCUAACUGCCUUGUUUUUUUUUUUUUCUAUUAUUCGAUGUUUAUCCCUUCAUGCUCGAUUUGUGCAUGUUUCUGCCCCCAAAGUUUGGUACUCAUUUCAUUUUUGUUCUAUUUUCUAGUUAAUUUCUUUGAAACAUGCUCUUUCCCAUAUAUCCUCCUUGAAUUCUGUUGAUUUCUAAAUCUACGCUUUUAUGUACUUAAUCCAUAUGCACCUAUUGAGUGCACGCAGAAUUUGUUUUUCCUGUCUGUUUGGAUGCGAAUGGAGCCUUUGAUUACAUUUUUAUGGAAUAUUUACCAUGUAUUUCAGAAACCUGAUUUGACUUUUGCUUGUCAAUUUUGUCCUUUGUCAGGCAGAAUUCGCAACUUCUGCUGUAGACUUUUUGCACAGGAUUGGCCGUACGGCUAGGGCUGGUCAGUCUGGAAGGGUUACUAGCCUUUAUACAGAAGCCAAUAGAGACCUUGUUUCGACCGUGCGUCAAGCUUGGAGGACAGAGCAGCCUCUGGUAAUUUAAAAUCGUGUUUGAUUUGAUUGACGUCGAUUAGUACAGAAAAUCAUUUAUUAAAAUCAAUUUCACAUGGGCUGAUGCAGUUUCGUUGAGUGGUUAAUAGCAAAAAUUAACUUUGACUUAUUUCUGAAUCAGGUUUGAGAAGUUAACCAUGUGAUUGAUAUUUAUGUGUUGCCAUGCUAUCUGCCCUCUUCAUGUUGUGAAGCUGUGAUUCAGAAUUAGAGAAUUAUCUGGCCGAAAUAAAUCUUUCGUGUGGUAUGUAGGUGGACAUGAUGGUCAAUGUUGCCUGGAGCAUGUAGAGUCUGAAUGGUUAGGGUGCGUGAACUAUGAACUUCUGGUGGGGGUUCAACCCCAUUUAAUGCAUCCAUAGCAUGUUCAUAGUGAUUUGGUUAGAAGAGGUCCCGUCCAAUCAUCUCCUAUUUGUUUGAGGGUGGGAUAAAUUCAUUGAUAUAUAUGAAAUUAGAAAAUGAAGUAAAUGUGAGAGAAGUUCCUAUUACCGCUGAAAGUAAUGGGAGAAGGGUUCUUCAUACCCACACAUAACGAGAUGUUAAUUAUGAAGUUGAGAAACUUUUAAUUCAAAAAAAAAAAAAGCGAUUUCCAAAGUCCAUUUUCGUUGCUGUUCUCCUGGUACGUACUUUGAUGUCAACCCUGGAUAUCUGAUAUUUAUCUAUAUAUAUGCAUAAAGUUUAACAGGGAUCUCCAAGAUUCCAUGUAUGAUUUUGAUCUUCGUGAGGCUUUUUUUAAAUACAUAAUAGUAACAUUCUUGUACUCGAUUGUGCCCCUUGCACUCUCGCAAGGUGAGUCUACUGUUCUUCGCCGUUUGUUAUGUUGACUAUACACGAUGGAUCAUUUUGGAAAUUUUAAAUUUAUGCAUAUUCCCGAUUUGAUGAUGUUUAUCUGUGAUUUCAGGAGAAGGCGUUCAGUCGGAAAAGGAGCUUCCGCAAUAAGCUCAAGAAAAGAGGUAAAUCUCCUGUUGGCCAUUUUUAG